AUGUAUAAUUUCGGCGGAAAAGACGCCACUCCGGCGCCCAAGUGCUAUUUCACCCAUGCCACUCUACCCGACCACAUAGAUCCCCAGCAGCCUCCUACCAAGAAAAAGCCUUUUUCGCUCAUUUCCUCGCAGCCAUUCUCACAUACUGCCGAUCUAAUUCUUCCCGAGGAAGUUUAUGAAGCGGUUAAGCAAGAGCUUGGGGGAAAUGCCGGAACCUUUCACUAUGCCAAAGUCACCAUGUCUCUGGGCGAGAUUAUAUCGGGCGACUUCUUCAACCAGUACAUCAAGACUGGCAAUAUAAUGAUGAUCUCCGAGGGCCGUCCUGGCAUAGACAACACAUACACGCUCCACGAAGGCAUACUCCGGCUCGAUCUCGACAAAGCCACGUACGAGCGGUGCGGGCUCGUCGGCAAGCCCGCCCCCCACGGCGGCCGCAAGCACACCAAAGCCCGCUACGUGGUCGAGACGAACCUGCGCGAGCCCAGCAUGCUGCACGGCAAGAAAGGCUUCGCGCGCCUCGAGUGGGCCUUCCGCAACGUGCUCACGCAGUCGCUGGCCUGGCUCUUCCACGACCUCACCACGCCCUUUGCAGAACAAACACCUGGUCCGCCUUCUCAAACCCCACCCCCCCCACCCACAGGACCCAUAGCCGCACACAAACCCACGCUCCACGCCCUACCCGCAACCCCGACCCCUCACCCCCUCCCCGCCACCAAGACACCCCCCCUGCACGCGCCCACCCUACCCACCCACCUCCAGGACACCGAAUACAGCGCCGCGGUCCUCGAAUGGCUAGGCAUGGCAUCGCUAUCCUCGCCGCGCCUCGCCGCCGCUGAUGGGCUCGAUCGCUAUCUGUGCCGGUGGGACGUGCCGGUGCCGUAUCGCGCCGGAGGUAACGACGGCAGCGGCGGUGACGGCGGAGAGGCGGUGGUGCGCGACCUCGUGCGCCUGCGCUGGCGGGGCUUGCUGCCGCCGAGGCUGCUGCUACACGUGUGGCUGCUGGUGCAGACGAAGGGGCUUGCGUGUGAAGAAGGAAAGGGGAAAGAAGGCGCUUGGGCCGCGCUGAGCGUGGCUGGGUUCCGCGGCGAGGCGUAUGCUGUGCUUGGGACUGGGGGGAGGGAUGUUUUUGUUUGGGAGAGUGCGUAG